GACAACAGCAAAAACGGUAACAAAAGCGGUGACAAAAACGGUGACAACAGUGACAACGGUGACAACAGAGACAAUGGUGAAAACAUUGACAACAGUGAAAACGACAACAACGUUGACAACAGUGACAACAGUGACAACGGUGACAACAGUGACAACGCUGACAACAGUGAUAACGAAGACAACAGUGACAACGGUGAAAACAGUGACAACGGCGACAAGAGUGACAACCGUGACAACGGUGACAAUGGCAAAAACGGUGACAACGAGUGACAACGGUGACAACAGUGGUGACAACAGUAACAACAGUGACAACGGUGACAAAAGAAACAACAGUGACAACAGCGAAAACGGUGACUACAGUGACAACGGUGGCAACAGUGACAACCGGUGACAACCGUGACAACGGUGAUCACGGUGACAACAGUGACAUGGGUGACAAAGGUGACAAUGGGUGACAACAGUGACAACAGUGACAACGAUAAUAACGGUCACAACAGUGACAACGGUGAAAACAGUGACAACGGUGACAACCAUGACAACGGUGACAACAGUGACAACGGUGACAACAGUGACAAUGAUGACAACAGUGACAACAAUGACAACAGUGACAACAAUGAUAACAAUAACAACAGUGAAAACGGUGACAACGCUGAACACGCUGACAACGGUGACAACGGUGAAAACAGUGACAACAGUGACAACGGUCACAACGGUGACAAAGGUGACAAUCAUGACAACAGUGACAACGGUGACAACAGUGACAAAGGUGACAACGGUGAAAAAGGUGACAACAGUGACAAUGGUGAAAAUCAUGACAACAGUGACAACGGUGAAAACGGUGACAACGAUGACAACAGUGACAACGGUGACAACAGUGACAACGGUGACAACAAUGACAAAGGUGACAACGGUGAAAAAGGUGACAACAGUGACAAUGGUGACAACGGUGACAACGGUGACAACAGUGACAUCGGUGACAACGGUGACAAAGGUUACAACAGUGACAACGGUGACAAGAGUGACAACAGUGACAAAGGUGACAACGGUGACAACAGUGACAACGGUGACAACAGUGACAACGGUGACAACAAUGACAAAGGUGACAACCGUGAAAAAGGUGACAACAGUGACAAUGGUGACAACAGUGACAACGGUGACAACGGUGACAACAGUGACAUCGGUGACAACGGUGAAAAAGGUUACAACAGUGACAACGGUGACUACAGUGACAAAGGAGCCAACGGUGAAAACAGUGACAACGGUGACAACCAUGACAACGGUGACAACAGUGACAACGGUGACAACAGUGACAACAGUGACAACGAUGACAACAGUGACAACAAUGACAACAGUGACAACAAUGAUAACAAUAACAACAGUGACAACGGUGACAACGCUGAACACGCUGACAACGGUGACAACGGUGAAAACAGUGACAACAGUGACAACGGUCAAAACGGUGACAAAGGUGACAAUCAUAACAACAGUGACAACGGUGAAAACGGUGACAACAGUGACAACGGUGACAACAGUGACAAAGGUGACAACGGUGAAAAAGGUGAUAACAGUGACAAUGGUGACAACAGUGACAACAGUAACAACAGUGAAAACAGUGACAACGGUGACAACAGUGACAACGGAAGAAACAGUGACAACCGGUGAGAACCGUUACAAUCGUGAUGACGGUAAAAACAGUGACAUGGGUGACAAAAGGUGACAAUGGGUGACAACAGUGACAACAGUGACAACGAUGAUAACGGUCAAAACAGUGACAACGGUGACAACGGUGAAAACAGUGACAACGGUGACAACCAUGACAACGGUGACAACAGUGACAACAGUGACAACGGUGACAACAGUGACAACGAUGACAACAGUGACAACAAUGAAAACAGUGACAACAGUGACAACAAUGAUAACAAUAACAACAGUGACAACGGUGACAACGGUGAAAACGGUGACAACAGUGACAACGGUCACAACAGUGACAAUAAUGACAACAGUGACAACGGUGAAAACGGUGACAACGAUGACAACAGUGACAACGGUGACAACAAUGACAAAGGUGACAACGGUGAAAAAGGUGACAACAGUGACAAUGGUGACAACAGUGACAACGGUGACAACGGUGAGAACAGUGACAUCGGUGACAAAGGUUACAACAGUGACAACGGUGACAACAGUGACAACAGUGACAAAGGUGACAACGGUCAACACAGUGACAACGAUGACAAUCGAGACAACAGUGACAACCGGUGACAAAAGUGAAAACGGUGACAGCAGUGAUAUGGGUGACAACGGCGACAAGAGGGACAACAGCGACAACGGUGACAGCAGUGACAACGGUGAAAACGGUGACAACGGUGACAGCGAUAACAACGGUGACAACGAUGACAACGGUGACAACGGUAACAACAGUGACAACGGUGAGAACGGAAACAACAGUGACAACCAUGAAAACGAUCACAACGGUGACAACACUGAAAACGGUGACAACGGCGACAACAGUGACAACAGUGACAACGGUAACAACGGUAAAAAAGGUGACAACAGUGACAAUGGUGACAACAGUGACAACGGUGACAACGGUGACAAUGGUAAAAACAGUGACAACAGUGACAACGGUGACAACGGUGACAAAGGUGACAACAGUGACAACCGUGACAACGGUGACAAAGGUGACAACGGUCACAACGGUGACAACAGUGACAACGAUGACAAUGGUGACAACAAAGACAACGAUGACAACCGUGACAACGGUGACAACACGGACAACCGGUGACAACGGUGACAACAGGAACAACCGGUAACAACGGUGACAACUGUGAUAUGGGUGAAAACGGCGCCAAAAGGGACAACGGCGACAACAGCGACAACGGUGACAACGAGUACAAGAGUGACAACUGUGACAACGAUGAAAACGGUGACAAUGGUGACAACAGUGACAACGAUAACAACGAUGACAACAGUGUCAACGAUGACGACGGUGACAACGGUGAUUAUGGUGACAACAAUGACAACGGUGACAAAGGUGACAAAGGAGAAUACAGUGACAAAGGCGACAACAGUGACAACGAUGACAACAGUGACAACGAUGACAACUAGACAACGGUGACAACGGUGACAACUGCGACAACGAUGACAACGGUGAUAACAAUGACAACAGUGAUCACGGUGACAAUGGUAACAACAGUAACAACAGUGACAAUAGUGACAACAGUGACAACAGUGACACCAGUGACAACGCUAACAACGAUCUUAACAGUGACACCGGUGAUAAAAGUGACAACGGUGACAACAAUGACAACGGUGACACAAGAGACAACAGUGACAACGGUGACAACGAUGAAACCGGUGACAACGGUGACAUCGAUGACAACGGUGACAACUAUGACGACAGUGACAACGGUGACAACAGGGACAACCGAUGACAACUGUAAUAUGGGUCACAACGGCGCCAAGAGGGACAACGGCGACAACAGCCACAAAAGUGACAACGGUGACAACGAUGACAACGGUGACAACGGUGACAACAGUGACAACGAUGACAACGGUGACAACAGUGACAACGGUGACAACAGUGAACACAAACACAACGAUGACAACAGUGACAAAGAUGACAACAGUGACAACGGUGACAACCAGUGACAACAGUGACAACGCUGAAAACGGUCACAACGGUGACAACGAUAGCAACGGUCACAACAGUGACAACGAUGAUUAUGGUGACAACGGUGACAAAAGAGACAACAGUGACAAAGGUGACAACAGUGACAACGAUGACAACAGUGACAACGAUGACAACGGUGAUAACAAUGACAACAGUGAUGACGGUGACAAUCGUGAAAACGCUGACAACAGUGACAACAGUGACAACAGUGACAACGUUGACAACGGUGACAACGGUAACACUAAUGACAACGGUGACAAAAGAGACAACAGUGAGAACGGUGACAACAGUGACAAUGAUGAAACCGCUGAAAACGGUGAAAACGAUGACAACGGUGACAACUAUGACGACGGUGACAACAGUUACAACGGUGACAACGGUGACAAUGAUGACAACAGCGACAACAGUAACAACGCUGAGAACGGUGACGACGAUGACAACAGUGACAACAGCGACAACGCUGACAACGUGACAACGGCGACAAUGGUCACAACCGUGACAACAAUGACAACGGUGACAACAAUGACAACACUAAUCACGGUGACAAUGGUGACAACAGUGACAACGGUGCAAAAGUGACAAGAGUGACAACGGUGACAACGAUGACAACAGUGAAAACGAUGACAACAGUGACAACAGUGACAACAAUGACAACGGUGAAAACCGUGACAACGGUGACAACAGUGACAACGGUGACAACGAUCACAAAAGUGACAACGAUAACAACAGUGACAGCGGUGACAACAGAGACAACGGUGACAAAAGUGAAAACAGUAACAACGGUGAGAACAGUGACAACGGUGACAAUGGUGACUACGAUGACAACAGUGAGAACAGUGACAAGAGUGAUUACGGUGACAACCGUAACAGCGGUAAGAACGGUGAGAAUGGUGACAACAGUGACAUUGGUGAAAAUAGUGACAACAGUGACAAUGGUGACAAUGGUGAUUACGGUGACAACAGUGACAACAGUGAAAACGAUGACAACGGUGACAACAGUGACAACGGUGACAACAGUGACGACGCUGACAACAGUGAUAACGAAGACAACAGUGACAACGGUGAAAACAGUGACAAUGGCUACAACAGUGACAACCAUGACAACGGUGACAAUAGUAAAAACGGUGACAACGGUGCAACAGAGGUGACAACAGUGAAAACGGUGACAACAGUAACAACAGUGAAAACAGUGACAACGGUGACAAAAGUGACAACGGUGCAAACAGUGACAACCGGUGAGAACCGUUACAAUCGUGAUGACGGUAAAAACAGUGACAUCGGUGACAAAAGGUGACAAUAGGUGACAACAGUGACAACAGUGACAAUGAUGAAAACGGUUAGAACAGUGACAACGGUGACAAUGGUGACAACAGUGACAACGGUGACAACGGUGACAACGGUGAAAACAGUGAAAACGGUGACAACCGUGACAACGGUGACAACAGUGACAACAAUAACAACACUGACAACAAUGACAACAGUGACAACGGUGACAACAAUGAUAACAAUAACAACAGUGACAACGGUGACAACGGUGAAAACAGUGACAACGGUGACAACGGUGACAAUGGUGAAAACAGUGACAACAGUGACAACGGUGACAACAGUGACAAAGGUGACAAUGAUGACAACAGUGACAACGGUGAUAAUGGUGACAACGAUGACAACAGUGACAAU